GGAGCGUGGGUCUGGGAGGCUGUGAUGAGCCAGCACUGUCAACUUAUAAGAGGGAAAUGAAAGAGUGAGGCUCACAGUGCAGGAACCGGCUGAGAGCUACUGAGGCGGUCGCCAUGGGGGAGUGGUCCUUUCUGUCCAACCUGCUGGACAAGGUGCAGUCUCACUCCACCGUGGUGGGGAAGGUGUGGCUCUUCGUGCUCUUCCUCUUCAGAGUCUUCAUCCUGGCCGCCGGCGUGGACAACAUCUGGGGGGACGAGCACGGCAACAUGGACUGCAACACCAUGAGCGUGGGCUGCAAGAACAUGUGCUACGACUCGUCCUUCCCCAUCUCCCACACCCGCUACUGGGUCCUGCAGAUCCUGACCGUGUCCACGCCCACGCUGGUCUACCUGGGCCACGUGCUGCUGGUCAUCCGCCGCGAGAACAAGCUGAGGAGGCGCCUGGAGCAGAAGGCGGGCGGGACCGGCCCCAGGGCGCCGCGCUACACCGACGAGCGCGGCAAGGUGAGGCUGGAGGGCGCGCUGCUGGUCAGCUACGUGGUCCAGCUGGUCUGCAAGAUCCUGCUGGAGGUGGCCUUCAUCGUGGGCCAGUACUACAUCUACGACUCCAUCCUGAUCCGCCAGAAGAUCUCCUGCUCCACGUACCCCUGCCGCAGCGCGGUGGACUGCUUCGUCAGCCGCUCCACGGAGAAGAACAUCUUCAUCAUCUUCAUGCUGGCCGUGGCCGUCUUCUCCGUGCUGCUCAGCGUGGCCGAACUCUUCCACCUGAUGGUCUCCAAGAGCCGCUGCUGCCGCUCCGACCGGCCGGACGGGCUCAGGCUGGCCCCCGUCAGCGCCAUGGAGGGACUGAAGGCCUCAUAGACACCGGGGGGCGCCACAGCCUCACGCUUCAUUACAGUCGUUUCCAUUUCUGCUGUUUCAUUGAGUUAAAGGUGCUGUAGGCAGGAUUUUGCUAGUCAAUGCUAAUUUUUCUGUGUUUUCUUUGGAUUAAAUGUUAGAGUAUCCAUUGAUAAUCUUUU